AUGUCGGAGCCCCACAGGGUCCAGUUCACCUCCCUCCCAGGUUCUUUGAAUCCUGCAUUUUUGAAGAAAUCCCGGAAAGAGGAGGUUGGGGGAGCAGAACAGCACCACGACUCUGAGCCGGCUGCAGCAGCUGUUCGAAUCACACUCACCGUCUUUGAGCCAGAUCACAAGCGCUGCCCAGAGUUCUUCUACCCAGAGCUGGUGAAGAACUUACGAGGGAAGGUGAAAGGACUUCAGCCCACAGACAAGAAGAAAGAUCUCUCAGAUCCUUUCAAUGAUGAAGAAAAGGAAAGGCAUAAAGUGGAGGCCCUUGCCCGGAAAUUUGAAGAAAAAUAUGGUGGAAAGAAACGUAGAAAAGACUGAAUACAAGACUUGAUUGAUGUGGGUUAUGGUUAUGAUGACUCCGAUUCCCUCAUCGAUAACUCUGAGGCAUAUGAUAAGCUUGUUCCUGCUUCUUUGACUACCAAGUAUGGAGGAUUUUACAUCAACUCGGGAACCCUGCAGUUUAGACAAGCAUCAGAAUCUGAGGAUGACUUCAUUAAAGAAAAGAAGAAAAAAUCUCCAAAGAAGCGGAAGCUGAAGGAAGGUGGUGAGAAGAUAAAGAAGAAGAAAAAAGAUGACACUUAUGACAAGGAGAAGAAAUCGAAAAAGUCCAAGUUUUCCAAAGCCGGCUUCACAGCCCUCAACGCCAGUAAGGAGAAGAAGGAAAAGAAGUAUUCUGGGGCUUUGAGUGUUAAAGAGAUGCUGAAGAAAUUUCAGAAGGAGAAAGAGGCUCAGAGAAAGAGGGACGAAGAGCAUAAACCCAUAGCAGUCUGGUCGGCGGAAGCUUAGGGCCUGCGGGAACUGGAGGGUGCCUCUGACCCUUUGCUCUCGCUCUUCGGCUCUACUUCUGACAACGACUUGCUGCAGGCAGCCACUGCCAUGGACUCACUGACUGAUUUGGACUUGGAGCAGCUGCUCAGUGAGUCUCCAGAAGGAAGCCCCUUCUGAGAUAUGGAUGAUGAAAGCGAUUCCCUUGGGGUGGGACUGGACCAGGAAUUCAGGCAGCCCUCUUCCCUUCCUGAAGGCCUGCCUGCGCCCCUGGAGAAGCGCGUUAAGGAGCUGGCUCAGGCUGCCAGAGCUGCUGAGGGAGAGAGCAGACAGAAGUUCUUCACCCAGGAUAUUAAUGGCAUCCUCUUAGACAUAGAGGCGCAGACCCGGGAGCUGAGCAGCCAGACCCGUUCCGGGGUGUAUGCCUACCUUGCUGCCUUCCUGCCCUGCAGCAAAGACACCUUGGUCAAGCGUGCACAAAAACUUCACCUCUGUGAACAGGGUGGGUGUCUGAAGGAGCCUCUCCAGAAGCUUAAGGAAGCCAUUGGCAGGGCGAUGCCAGAGCAGAUGGCCAAGUACCAGGAUGAAUGCCAGGCACACACACAAGCCAAGGUCGCUAAGAUGCUGGAAGAGGAGAAAGACAAGAAGCAGAGAGAACGGGUUUGUUCUGAUGAGGAAGAAGAUGAAGAAAAGGGGGGCAGGAGGAUAAUGGGACCUUGGAAGAAAUUCCAGUAGAAUGAUGAAAUCAGGGAGCUGCUCUGUCAGGUGGUGAGGAUCAAACUGGAGAGCUAUGACCUGGAGAGGAACAAGGCCCAGUCCUGGGAGGACUACGUGAAGGCGUUUCUGGAUGCUGAGGUCAAACCUCUCUGGCCCAAAGGCUGGAUGCAGGCCAGGACUCUGUUCAAGGAGAGCAGACGAGGCCACGGGCACCUGACAUCAAUCCUGGCCAAGAAGAAAGUAAUGGCCUCUUCCAAAAUGAAGGUGAAGGAAUCAUCCUCCAAGCCUGAUAAGAAGGCUUCCAUCCCAUCAGGCCAGAUUGGCAGCCCCCUUGCUUUGCCUUCAGAACACCUGGGAGGAGGCCUGAGCGUUGGGGCUGCAAACAGGGAGCUCUCGUCCCAGGCAUCUGGCAGCCUUGCCAAUCCUGCUCCUAUCAACCUGGAGGACUCAUUGGACGGAGACUUGAUCCGUAAUUCAGCCUCCUCUUUGGAGGCCGUGUCCAAGGAACUGGCCGCACUGAACAGCAGAGCCAGAGGGAGCUCUGAGUUCACACUGUCUGCACCCUCGAAAGUGCCUGCAGAGAAAGUCACAGGUGUUUUAUGUACAGAAGAAAAAAGGAACUUUCCGAAGCCCAGCCCUUCUUCUGCCCCACCACCCUCUAGCUCUCUGCAGUCACCUCUCAAUUUUCUGGCUGAACAGGCUCUGGCACUGCGGCAGUCCUCUCAGGAGAAAAAACCAGAGAGUUCCAGCUACAAGGAACUGUCCUGUCAGGCUGUCCUCAACAAGGGCCUGCCGGAAGUGCAGCAGUCCAAAGCAAAGCACCACGGCUUGCCACGGACGUCUCACACACCCCAGGCAGGAGCUCCCUUGCCCAGCUCCCAAGUUAAAGUCUUUCAUGCAGGUACUCAACAGCAGAAGAGCUUCAGCCCACCCCCCCCAGCUCCGUUUGUCAAUAAGCUUCAGGGCCCAAAGCCUGUCUCCCCUCAGUGUCACUGUUCCCUCCUCCAGCUCGUCAAGACAGCUACUAAAAGCCAGAGCUUCCAUCCUUCCACGCCAGCGUCUUCAGGAGGCACGCCAGCCUCCAGCAGCAGCUCUCAUAAGACCCCAGCCUUGUCCUCCGCUGCCCUGAGCCAUCCAGCAAAACAGCACUCAGCCAGCUCUUCAGGGCCAUCUUAUAAGAACAGUCCCUUUGCCGGCUCUAUCUCCAAACAUGGGGUUUCUUCUGGCAGCUCUUCUGGAGGAACACCAGUCCAGAGCUCUACUUCUGGAAACCUGCUCCCCGCUGUGCAGCCUCCCUCCACAGGACAGUCCGCCAGCCGACCCAUCCCAGGCCCUGCAGUAAAAAAACCACCUAUUUCCCAGAAGCUGACCCUGGUUGCCCCUCCAGGUGGUCCAAAUGGAGAUUCUAGUGGGGCCCAGGGAGUGGCCAAGUUAUUGACCUCCUCCCUGAAGCCCAGUGCUGUGAGCAGCAUGACAUCGUCUACCUCCUUGCCAAAAGGAACAAGUGGGGCUGUGCUGCUGACCAGCUCCUCAUCCUUAAAUCUGCUGUCUUCAUCCUACAAGGCAGGCAGCCCAAAGCUGCCUGGGGCCUUGAACUCAAACCCCUUUGGGAUUAUCUCCCAGCUUCCCCUCCACGUAAUCUCCUUUAGUGCUGACUCCUCCACUAAAGCAGGGGUCUCCAAGGAUGCCAUUGUCACAGGCCCUGCCCCCGGGACGUUCCACCACGGUCUUGGCCACAAUCUCCUGGCUGGCUUGCACUCCAGCCCGCCCCGCACAGCGCCUCUCCCACACGCUGCCGUGUCCACCCACAUCCCGCAGAGUCUGCCAGAUGCUUCUCAGCUUCAUGGGAAAGGGCCCAGUGUACCACGGAAAUUGUGACUUUCAGGGGAAAGGCUGGAAGCUGAACGAGUAGGUCUCAGAAGUCGGAUAAUAACUGUGUUCUUUCUGCCAGAAGUUGGAUAAUAACUGUGCUGUUUUUGCUGUUGACUUUCUUCUGGAGAAGGCGUGAGUGCUAA